GGAAGAAGGGGCAGUUCCGGGACAAACCAUGGUAAACACGGGUUUGUCAUGUUUAUGUAGAAACAUUUUAAUACGUCGUGACACGCUUUUCCCAAUGAAAACAAGUUGAGAAAGGGAUCCACCUCUUGGUUGUGAAGAUGGAGCAGCAUGCUCACUGCAUCUCCUGUAUCAAUCAAAGGUGCAUCGUCAAACCUGAACCAGGAUUUUCUUGUGAUUUCUUCAAUUGUCCCCUGUUGUGCGGGGCUGUAUUUCAUUCCUGCAAAGUUGAUGAGCACCAACUACUCUGCCCACUUAUGAAGGUGCAAUGCCCCAAUAGCAACUACGGCUGCCCGGCUAUUCUGAGCCGUAACAAAAUCCCUGCACACCUGGAUGUAUGUCCAGCUGGGGUUGUCUUUUGCACAAAGAGCUGGAACUUGCAUCCUGCUUGCCUCUUGGAUUCCCGACCUGACCGGGAUGUUGAGAGUAUGUUGGAGGAAAUAAGGCACCAUAGAUACCUAGGAAUAGCUCUGGAGGACUGUCAGGCACUCUUUGAGACAAUAGAGGAGCUUGGGAUGACAGAUUUAGCUCGCGAAGAUCCUGUCAUUGAUAAAGAGCGUAAAGCGAUACAAUUAGCUUUAAAGGCACCCUCUACUCAUGAUUCAACCUUACAGUUUUCCUCCUCACAGUCAAUUUCCAAAGGACUCCAAACAGAGGAAGAUGUCAGUGAAAUUAAUUCUUUCAAUGAGCUAUUUAAAGCCAAAGCUGAGACUGCUAGAAGCUCAGCUGCUGGUUUAAACAUUGUUAGUAGCACCAACUCUGCUGAACGCAACUUACAUGACGAGUAUGAAAGGGAUGUCCUUUUAAAAAUGUCUAUGAACAACGAUGGAAGUACUGAUACACUGAAUAAAAACACAACCUGUGGACCACUGAUUGGAGAAACAGAAUCCAGGAAUAGUAUUUCAAAUGCACCUAAAACCCCUCAAAUGAUAUUACCAGUACAUGUCAGCCAGGGUGUGGCUGGUCGUUUAGUUUUGGACGAUGAAGUGAUGCUUCAUCCUGGAAAUCUUAAGCCUAAGAUGAUGCAUCAGCUCAACUGUCCCUAUAAGGGCCAUGGCCAAAGUCCUUUAUCAAAUGGACAAUCCGAAUACAGACUUGGAGCUGAUAUGGAAGACAAAGCAGUGGAUACAUGGGAUUUGAAACACAAAGUUCAAACAGAGAUUUCUUCGGUUUCAGCUGCCCUGCUCGCCUGUUCAGAAACACACAAGGACUGUAGAGGAAUCUCUGACACUGUCUACACUGAUUACCGUGUUCAUUUUGGCACGCAAACCUUUAGAAACAUUCCUCGCACUUCUCCCGUUGUGUGUGGUCAGUCGCUCCGUCGUGACCAGUUUUCCUCUCAUUAUAGAAACAUUCAUUGCGAUUUUCACCCCAACUUCUGUGACCGCAUAGAGUCCCGCUGCCCCCUGGCGAUGUACGGCUGUAGGUUUUCACAGCAGAGGUUGUACCCAUCUGCCCAGGGGGCCAGAGUGGUUUAUCAUAAGCAGCUCAAAGCAUUUGUGAUCCAGCCUUGCAUCAGUUUGACAUCUCCGAUAGGCUCCAGACCGGAUCAGUUCAGCGGGCUGCCCAUUGAGAUACUGUGGCACAUAGCUGGAUUCCUGGACAGUUUUAGCUUAUGCCAGUUGUCCUUGGUGUCCAGGACUAUGAGGGAAGUGUGUGCCAGUCUCCUCCCUUCAAGGGGGAUAGUAGAGCUGCAGUGGGAGAGAGGACAUUUUCCUGGUCGUCCGCACGAUUUUAGGUGGCAGGUGAAAAACAAAGUGUGGAAAUUCAGCCCUUCAGUCACUCCUGUGCAUUCUUGGGGUUUUCUUGAUGUUCCCAGUGUAUCAGACCACAUGAACAAAUGCCCCUUCUUCAGCAAAUCUGAGACAAAGUCAGAGCCGAUUCCCCUCACAGCCAUGUGCACCGAACAAGAUAGGCUCUCAAUCCUCGAUUGCCUUCACUCCCUGCGUCAUGUCACCACAUGAUCAGACAAGGCUGAUCUUCGUAACGUUCACUUUGAAAAUAUGGGACUGAAAUAAAUCAAAACUUUAUUAUUAAGAAAUCUUUUUUGAUAAAACAUUGCACUUAGCUCCUUGGCUCUGAGUUGGAAGAAAGAAGUAAGCAUAGAUAUUCCAUUUGUGCUGGAAUUGUAACAUUAUUUUAAAAUAUUAAAAUAAUAUAUAUUAAUAACCAUAGAUUUGCACUUUAGAUCUCUAUUAUCUUCAAGUUUAAACAUAACUUUAUUAAUUCUUGCUGCUAGGGGUGCUUUUUUGUCAGUAAAUAGGAUUCUCUCAGGGUUACCUCCUUCUGCCCUCAAUAACAGAAUGCCACUCUGAUUGUCCGCAAACUAUUGCAGCCUUUUUAUGUAACUUAAAUAUUUGAUAAAUAUGUACAGUGAACUUUUAAGGCAGCUGGGAACAAAAAUGGGUCUAUUUAGAAUUUUCCUUCCCUCUCAAUAAUUUUGAAAACCUUGUUUUUAUGCAGUGCCAUUACUUGUUAAAUGCAGACAUGUUCCUUAAAAUGAUUCAGAUUUUAAAGCUCUUCAUGAUACUAAAACUUCACACACAGAGGUUUGAGUUAUUUUAAAUGGCUCUAAUUCAGUAGACUCUUAAAUAAUAAAGCACUUUAGGCUGGAAAAUCGAAUCCAAAUACUUUCGAUUAAGAUAUUUUUUCCUUCCAUCUGGUGAGUGUUUAAUGU